AUGACACUCCCAACUUCCCCUGCUCCAACAGCAGCGCCAGCCAAAAAACAGCGCCCACGUAAGCAGGUGCGCCUCAAGAAACGCAAACUCGCCGAGGCCACCGCAGGCGCAGAGUCGGAGGAUGAGGAUUCGAGAGCAGCGAAGGAACACCAGGAGCAGCAGCCCAAGAAGAUGGUAGAGAAGUCAGAGCCACAAGAGAUACAGCAGCCCAAACUCCAGGGGAAGCCUGUCUCAACCAAACGGAAGGCAGAUACAGCUGUAGGAGCAGGAGGAAAGAAGCCCAGACUACCGAAAAAUAAGAGAGCAAAAGCGAAAGCCGCAGAGGAAAACCCAGAGGAGGAAGAAGCGGUGGACGAAGAAGUAGAAGGAGUAGAGGCGGAGGCCGUUGUGAAGAAGGAUCCCCGGUUUAUCGUAUUCAUUGGAAAUCUCCCAUUCACGACCACAAAGGCUGCACUGGAGAAGCAUUUUGCUGCUGUCCAACCGAAAUCCGUUCGCAUAAUCACACAUCGCGAUGACCCAAAAAAAUGUAAAGGUUUCGCAUUCCUCGAGUUCGAGGGUUAUGAUCGUAUGCAGAGUUGUCUUCUCAAGUUUCACCACACAAUUUUCAAUGAUGGGUCGGGAGAUCGCAAAAUCAAUGUAGAAUUGACUGCCGGUGGUGGUGGUGGAAAGAGUGAAGCCCGGAAGACAAAAUUGGAAACCAAGAAUCAGAAACUUGACGAACAGCGGAAGCGCAAAAUCGAGGAGGAGGAAAAGCUCAAGGCGGAGAAAAAGGCGAAGCAGCCACAGGGUGACGAUGAAGGUCAGGUUGGGAUACAUCCAAGUAGGAGACGUCAAGUGAGGUAG